AGUAGGGGAUGGGAUGUCGGAUGGCGCGCUGGAUGGCACGCGGGGUUUAGACUUGCCACCUUGGUUUAGGUUAGGCACAGACGCAUUGAUCUGCGUGUGCCCUUUGACAUGCGCCCUUAGGGUCAUGCGCCUCAGCUACCAACGACUCAGUAUUUAUUAGGAGGCACCCGAGAUAACACUCAGUCUCAGUUCGGACCUCGUCAGCAUUCGAAUCACCCUGGAUUGCUCGGAUCGAGAACCUAAACUGUCGGCGACACGUCUCUCCCAACAAAUCAUCAGUGAUCCACAUGUGGAUGGUAAGCUGGUGAUGGGCAGCUUGCCAGAUCUGCAUGCCCUCACCAGGGACGAUACAGGACAACCUUGUUGUCGUCCUGGCAGUCAUCUACCGAGAUGCUCUCAUCUUCCGGUGAAGCGACUCGCGUCGGCCUCUCCAGGCUCCGACCGUGAGGCGAGCAUUUCAUCAGUGAAGAAGCUGAUAGCGGUGGUACGGUCAACUCCAUCCAGCAUGGGCCCGUCCUACUCGCGCCAGCUGCUCUGCCGCAACUUAGCCGCUCUAUGCUUGGGCCACGCCAUCUCUACAGCAGCAUUCUCGCCGCUGCUAGCCCUGCAUGGAUCAUCUGCGUCUUAUCUGCUUGCCAUGCUCUUCUCAGUGGCUGCCCUCUCUUCGGCCGCUUCUCCGUUCAUCCUGCGUAACCAAUCCGUCGAGCGUCGCAUGAUCAUCGCCUACUUCUGCCAGUGUCUCUUCUUCGCGGCCCACUUCUACCCCACCAUGUACCUUCUGAUACCGGCUUACUUCCUGAUGGGCCUCACUCUCGGCCCGCUGAGCGCCGCACGCGUCUCCCUGCUCAUGACGCUCGCUUCUAAGCUCUACGCCGAUGAAGAUGAUCACGUGGCCGGACAACGCGUGGCGCUCGUGCAGCGUCUACUGCGGAGUCUGCGAGCCGCUCAUGAUGUGGGCCUGAUAGCGGGCAACGCGUUCGCCUCGUUUGUGCUGUAUAAGAACGCCGGCUUGAUCCCGAAGCCGACCGUUCCGCCAGACCUGAGUGGGUGUGGCAGCGCGGCCUGUCCUGACACCUCCAUGCCGUCGCUGCACGAGUUCAACCAGCUGCCCUGCGGCAUCGACUACAUUCUGAUUGGCGUCUGCCUUGGCUGUUGCGUGACCGCUGCCGUCCUCACCGGCGUCACAAUCAACCGCAUUGAGCCGACUGUCACUGCCGCCGACAAGCAACUGGACGCAUUCAAACGCCUGCGCCAAGCUUUUGUCGAUCCCCGUCUGCGUUUGGCCGCUCCCAUGUCGCUGUUUGUUGGUCUCGAACAAGGAUUCAUGUAUUCUGAUUUCACCGAGUCUUACGUGCUAUGUUCGUUGAGUAUGGACAACGUGGGAAUGGUAUUCUUCAGCCUUGCAAUUCUACAAGCGAUUGCUGGGUUCACUCUCAGCAUGCUUCUGCAGCAUGUAAAACGGUAUAUGGUAAUAGGAAUGGGAUUUGCUUUUCACGCAUGCUUGCUGAUGGUUCUAGUGAUAUGGAAACCUGCUGGAGAUGACCCAGCUCUGAUCUAUGUGAUCGCGGCCGCUUGGGGAGUGUGCAAUGCAGUCUGGGAUACCUUGAGCUUCGGUCUGAUGAUGAGUUCCUAUCAUGAUUCUUGGCAGGGGCCGGUGGCUCAUAGUUACAUCUUCCGUUACUCUGGACUUGCACUGGCAUUUGUGUUUCAUGGUCUUCUCUGCAAUGAAACUAAGCUGUAUUGUCUUGCUGUUGCUUUGGUGCUGUGCGUGGCUCCCUACACCUGGCUGGAGAUGAAGGAGGUGCGCCACCGUAACCAGAGAUGACAGAGACGCCCCCGCCAAAAUCACAGUCAGAGUCAGAGUCAGAGUCACAGUCACGUGCACCAUUUCUACCACCACCACCAUAACCACGCAGAACAGCACCCCGCCUGCCUGGCGCAGCACAUCUGCGAGGUCCCCUGAAGGUGUCUACGGACGCCUACGCGUCACACCCCUCGAUGCGAUACUGAAGUCGUCCACCACUACGAUGUAGUACCAUCACCAUUGCACAUAUAAGGGUCAACCUCAUCCAUACAUUUAUCUGGCUAAUUAAUUCAAAAUUCAAAUUCAUUCAUUCAUCAAAAACUAUUCAUUAAUCUCAUUCGUCCAUUUGGCUAAUUAAUUCAUAAUUCAAAUCCAUUCAUUCAUGAAAAAGCUAUUCAUUAAUCUGAUUGAUCCAUUUGGCUAAUCAAUUCGAAAUUCAAAUUCAUUCAUUCAUGAAAAAGCUAUUCAUUAAUCUCAUUCGUCCAUUUGGCUAAUUAAUUCCAAAUUCAAAUUCAUUCAUUCAUAAGAAAGCUAUUCAUUAAUCUCAUUCGUCCAAUUGGCUAAUCAAUUCAAAAUUCAAAUUCAUUCAUUCAUGAAAAGGCUAUUUUUUUCAUCACGGAGAUUUUUCCAAACUUAUUUCCUGAUAAUUACAUAAUAAUUUCAAAUACUCAGUUCACUUCUUGUUAUUCAGGACUACUUUUUCAAAUUAUUCAUUCAAAACAAAAAUCAUACAGUAGAAUUUGAGAUUUAUGAUUACAUCUUCCACUUGAUCAGUCAGGGUUACUUUUUCAAAUUAUUCACUCAAAACUCAAAACAAUAAGCAUACAGUAUUAUUAUUUCAAAUAUAUGAUUACAUUGUUCACUUUGCUAUUCAGGGCUAGUUUUUAAAUCAAAAAAAUAAACUAACAGUAUAAUUUCAAAUAUAUGAUUACACUGUUAACUUUCCUAUUAAUAAUAAAGUAAUAAAUGAAUAAUAAACAUUUAAUAAAACACAAAACUCAACUUUUGCUGAACAUUCAAUAGAUUCAGGCCAUAAUUAUCUCACAAAUAUAAAUUCUAAAAAUGGAAAUACUAAAUUGCCAGAAUAAAAAUGGAAAGUCAAAAAUGUUAAGGAAGAGUUUCAUAUUCAUGCGGCAGCAAAUAAAUGUAAUCAUAAAAAAGUUUAUCCACUUUGACAUGAAUAACUCUGCAUUUAAAAAUUAAAUCUAUGAUACGUAGGCCUAUAUAAACAAAAUUAUUUAAUAAUAUGUAAUACAUUUUAUGUAUAUAAAAAACUAUGACUAAAUCAGAAAAUUUAAAUCUAUCAUAUAAUCACACAUGAGAAAAUGAGAAUAAUGUUGGAAUAUAAUACUUAAUAUUAAAUACUAUCAAUAUGAAUGGCAUCACCAGCUAAAAAAAUCUUGCCCGCUAGUGAAAGAUCCGGAAAGAGAUUUGAAAAGUGAAAACUCAGAAACAGAGGUCGUGUAAGAAAAGAUAGACAAGACUUUAAGUUUUUGUUUAGUUGGGAAUGAGUUUUGUUUUUUUGGCCGAGGUGCUGCCGGUCUAGAAUAGCAGGCCUAGCGUCCUUACAACCCAAGGUGCUAGAGUGGUAGAACCCCACCGAAAAUCCGGGUACCUACCUUUAUAUCCUCAAACCUUUUCAUCCCCCUACCCUCUCAUCUAACCUUAAAAUCCUUCAAAUUUACCCUUAUCCUGGCAUAUUCUCCCUAAUCCACACUAUACCCAACAAUAGUUACUCCAGAGACCUGCAUAUUUUUUGUACUUUAUUUAUUUAGUAUCUUAUUUACUUUAUUUAUUUAUUUAUCUAGUCUCAUUUCAAUAAUUUGAUUGUAUGGUAUGAGAUACGUAUUAGGACAGGAUUGUAUGGUAUGAAAUGGUAGUCUCAUUUUGUCUUUUAUUCAAUUUUAUUCCUUCAAUAUUCUAGGUUUCCUCUUUCCUUGCUCUGGAGCUCUCAUGAUUUCUAUUUAGAGAUUUAUAUUUCUAUUUUUUGAUUUCAUAGAGGAUUUCCAACAGAAUCCUUUUUUUUCAUUGAGCUGAUUCUAUUUUUUCACAUAUAUUCUUUGUUUCUUUUGAUUUUCAUCAUAGCCUUUUUUUUCAUUUAUGAAAUAAUUUCAUUUCAACAAUGUGAUUUGAUAAUAAAUUAGCUUCCAUGAACACAACCUGAACAUCAUUCUCCCAUCGAACACCCUCUGUGUUCUGAAUGAUUAGAAGGUGGGAGAUUUUGAGAUUUUGAUCUUCAAUUCUUUCCAACAACCCAAUCAAAUAAACAUCUUCUGGGUGUGGAGAAUAAUCAAAAUUGGAGAUCUCAUCUUUUUCCAUCAUUUCCACCCUCAGAACAUCUAAGAAGCGAUGCUAAUUUAUCAUCAAGUUUGAAGGUUGACCUUUAUAUGUAUAAGUACCAUAUAUAUUACAAUAUACUGACCCAUUAUCCUGUAGAAAUAGAGGCUACCCAGAGUCAAUGAUCAAUUGAUUAAUUCCAUAAAAUAUAACAGGCGGGAGUUAACAAUCGAAUCGUUGGCUUUAUGGAUGUAUGUGUUCGCUUUUAUCCCACUUCCCUGUAGAUUGCCCAGGGUCAACAAUCAUUGAAUAAUUCAAUAAAAUCUAGGCGAGAGUUAUCAAUUGAAAGUUGUACUUGUACUGGGUGAAUUAGUUAGGAAUUAUUAACCUAUAGAAUUAGGCUACCCAGUAUAUAUCAAUAAUAAAUUGCAUAGUUCAAUGAAAUCUAGGCGAGAGCUAUGAAUUGAAAGUUGUACUUAUACUGGGUAAAUUAGUUGGCUAUUAACAAAUUUUCCCCGUAGAGUUAGCGACCCGGUAUCAAUGAUCAAUUGAAUAAUUCGAUGGAAUUAAUAUAACGGUGAGAGUUAUCAAUUGAAAGUUGAUCACUGGAUUAAUUAGUUGGCUGCUGCUGUUAUCUCUGUGGAAUCACCUUACAUCCCAAUAUCUAUUAGAAUUCUAUUCUCGAUGUGGUACUAUUCAAGUAAUGUAUACCUUAAAGUCAAUGACUUAUGACUUAAAUAGCAUAUAUGUAUUCCACUUUCACAUAGAUGUUAAGUUAGAUGAUAAGAAAGAAAAUCUCUGUGUCCAUUUAAUUUUAAAACCUAUGCGGUUAAUGUUAUAAUAGUAAACUCAUCAACCUCUGAAUACUGAAUAUUUAAGAGGUUCUGAGGAUACUCUAGAUUUAGUAUGUGUGUUCCACUAUAACAGAUCAUAAAUAGAUAUAUUUAAAUAUAACUAUUCGGUGUUUUAGCCUUCAUAUGAGACUCAAUCCAGUUUCCAAUAUUUUAUUUUGUUAGAAUUCCAAAACUAAUAGAGUUUUUCGGAUUAUAUAUUUAUUUUGUCAAGUUAUUUGGAAGUUGUGAUUAAAUGUUCUAAGACUGAUAGUGAGGAAACGUCAUCCUAAAACUUGUAUUUUAAUAGAGGUAAUACUUCAGUAAAAUUAAAUACCAAAAUAUACAUGUAGCCUGCUACUGAAGAAUGAGGUUUUGAUAAAAAUAAUUAUUAUUCUUGAUAAAAACCACAAAUUAAAAUCAAUAUGAGACCUCACAGUCUCCAUUUUGCCUUUAAUAGAAGAAGUUCACAAAUUAAAAUCAAUAUGAGACCUCACAGUCUCCAUUUUGCCUUUAAUAGAAGAGGUUUGGAUAAUUGAAAGAAUUUGCAAGAACAGUAUAAAACGUAAAUAUAAAAGCAAAGUAAAUUUCGACAGUUUGAUAAUAUGUUGAAUGAACACAAGUGCUUCAACAACUGAGCACAUCAUAAUCAUACUUACCUAAUUACAUCUUUAAAUUAAAAUGUGAUAAGUGUGACUAGAAGAAACAUCUUGAAUCAAUUUUUCUUAUCAACAGGUGAUCUAAUUUUAUUAUUUUUCUAGUUAAGUUUGAUUGCUGGAGUAUUGAGGCUUUGAGGAUUUUAUAAUAUGCUAUUAAACUGUUCAAUAUAUAACCGACA